GAAAAACUACAUAAAGCGACCAUGGUCGGAGUCGGCACCUCAAGCGUGGUUGGGACAAUUCGGCCUUUGUUCUUUGAACAAUUUGGUCGUUGUGCACCGACAAUCGCCUUUCUUUUUAGGUUCUUGGCUUCUUGGAAUACUGAUGGGAAUACCAGCGAACAACAUUUACAUUUGACCGUUGUGAAACAGGAGGGGUACUCACGGCGGUUCCUCCAAAAACUUGAAACUCCGCUGGGAAGAAAGUCGCCCGAACGAAAUCGACAUAAAGGCUAAACAUGGCCGACAUCGUCGCCCGCCCGCCUGGCAGUUAUAACCUUGGUGGUCAGAACUUCAACCUAUCCCGCAAUCCUGACCUUCACGCUCGCCGCUGGCACGAAAACAACUUCAACUUCAUACCCGGACAAGUCAAGUCAUCAUGAGUGCCCAAACUCCAGUUCCGCCGACAUUCGACUCCAUAGGCAUCACGCCGUUGCAAUGUUCGGCCAUUGUGAAGACCUUCUUGCCUGUUCAGCUGGCAAAGACGGCCACAGCGGGAAUAGCCGUCCCGCUCAUCAUGAUCGGGCUCACGCAAAUCCUCUUCAUAGCCAUCCCAACGCUAUGGGACCACCGUAAACAGUACCGGAAGUUCGUCUGGUCGGCUUGCACGGUCUCCUGCCUCUUCGCCAUCGCCUCCAUGGUGUACAACCUGCAGAUCGGGGUCAUGUUCUUCACAGAUUUCCGGCAGUCGUUCGCGAUUGAUCUGACCCAGCUUUAUGGGCUGGCUUUCGUACGAAACCCCGCCGUGGCUUCUUUCAUUUGGGUGUGUCUGUUCGUUAUUGCCCAGUGCGCGUUUGAGGUCGUCGCGGCGGUCAGGGCACGGAUCAUGCUCCCCCGGCAGAACAAGAUGGCGCUGGCGUUCUGUGUCGUUACGGGCCUGGCGUGUUUGUUCCACGUUGUUGCGGAGAUCUUGCCUAGCGCAUUGUGGUUGGCGGGUGUGCGCAUCUCGCCACGGGUGGACAACAUCUUCAAUGUUAUGCUUAUGGUGGAUGCUGUGGUCGCGUUCUCUGUCGAGAGUGAGUGGACUGUGUGGUUUCCCAGGAAAAAAGAGGAGUUGUUUGAUCAACGUUCUUUUUCGUGUAGCGGCCGGAGACGUCCUCUUCAUUUGGUACCUCCUUCACAAGAUGGAUUUCAACCGAUCCAUCGUCGCACGCAUGUUCCAGUCCAGCAUUGUUCUUCGCUUCAUCGUAAACAUCCUCUUGGCAAUCCUGACAGUCGCCCAGAUCAACAAGCCAAUGUUCUGGACGUCCCUAACCUACACCGGCGCGCGCAGCAUGUGGCUCGGAUGGCAACUCACCACCUUUGUGCAAUUCUCGUUCGUGCACACCAAGGCUAUGGUGACGGCCUACUCCUCCCACAUCCAGAACGGCACCCGCGACAAGGGUCCGUCGUCGCUCUGGCGACCGACCAGGAGCAUCGACGCGCCGACGACGCCAUUCGACACCGUGUCGGACCGGACGCUCGCGAUGGGCAGCGAGACGGGCACUCCCUUGGGGACGGGCGAACGCCCGGAAUCGGACUCGCAAGUGUAAGAGUCCUAUUAUAGGUAGUGGGGGACGGUCGCACCGUGUAUAUAUCCCGCCGUUAUCGGCAAGCGGCCGUCCCCCGUCCUAUUACAUUGUACAUCCAGUAUCUUUUGGUGUAUAUUUGUUUUAAGUUCAAUCAGAUGUG